GUAAAUCCCGGCGACUCAGCAUGCUGGUCUCCACGCUACUCCAGUAGCCUACGCGGCGCGAUACUGUAUUGUAGCGAACAAUGGGCGAGCAGGCGUUUAAUAUCAAAUUUGUAAACGAAGUUGAGAAACACCCAGAACUCUAUAACUACAAGUUGAAAGGGUAUUCAAAAAAGGAUGUGACUGACAAAGCAUGGAAUGAUGUCGCAAAAGAAGUGCAACUCACAGUUAACGAAUGCAAAGAAAAAUGGAAAAAUCUCCGUUCAGUUUUUGUCCGUCACAUAAAGCCACCUCCAAGUGGUUCAAGUUCCAAAAAUAAGAAACCAUAUUAUCUAUCGGAGGCAAUGAAAUUUACCCUACCAUUCAUAAAAACGCUUGGUACACCAUCGGGGAAUUUGCCAGAAGUCAUCAAUGAACAAAACCUGGAACACAGUUCAUCUGACCCAACACAAAAUACGGAAGACGUUGCGGCUGAAGAGGAGGAAUAUAUCUCAGAUAACGCAAUACUAACUACAACACCACAACUUUCCCUUCCUUCACCUAUGCUGCCAAAUACUGACUUCUCGCAAGAACAUGCUCAUCAUUCCCAACAAAUGACUCAUGAUCCCUUUUCCAACCCAAAAGAUAAUUUAUCAAAGCGUAAAAAGCAAACAGUGACGGAAGUGGACAAGUCCUUUAUGGAAUACAUGAAUGCAAAGAAAAGGAAACUUGAAUCGAAUUCAAACGAUGAUAGGCAAGUAAAAAAGUCGUUUCUUCUAAGCCUUUUACCAGAAAUCGAACCUUUGACAGAUGCACAAAUGAAAUCAUUCCGACGUAGGGUUCUGCAGCUUAUUGAUGACAUCACGAAUCCAAAAGACAUGCACCAACACGUACCAGCUUACCAACAGACCCCAACUUACUCCUACAGUGUUUCCACGCAUUCAUCGUUGGCUACAGAUAAUGCUUCAAUUUGUUCGUCGCCUGGAAAUCAAACUAUUCCACAGAAAGUACAAGAUACUGAAACGCAACAGUAUUUUGAAGUCAUCCAAGAGACUUUACAAUAUGAGCAGGAACAUAAUGUGAUGUGAUGUUUUGUUGGGUGUGUAAACAUAUAACUUUGGUGUACGUGUUUUUAUCUCUAUUAUGUUGUUUAUUUUUGUGUUUACAGUCAUGAUUUGAAUGUUUGUGUAAUGGGUAUUCUUUAAAUAGUUUAUAUAUAUACAUUUUUUCUUUUGCAGUACAUUAUUUGAAUGUGUAUUUCUUAGGUAUAUUUGAAUUAAACAUUGGAAUGAAUUUAUGCAUAAGAUAUGUUUAUACUUUCACCUUUCAGUUGACUGGAAUACUUGGGUAUAAAUAACUUUAGAUUAUUUAACCUGUUAACGUUAAAGUGCACAUUCUUAAGAUCCAUACAACAGCCAUUUUCCACAGAUAAAAUAAGUAAUUGCGGCCUCAAGUUAAAAUGCAUACAUUGUUUUUAUUCGCCAAGCAUCAGUAUAUACGUUAAAAUACUUGGAAAGAAAUAGAUUUGUGUUGAAGGGAAACAUUUAGAAGUGCCUUAACAAAAAUUCGUAAUAAUUUGUAUUUCUUAACUUACUUACCUCAAAGUUAUCAGCAAUCGUUCACCGGGGCUCACGCAUUCCCUCAUAGUGGUAUCCCUAUAAUACAUCGCAGGUGUAACAAUUUCCGUUAACAUUUGGUAAGUCUCCUUCGUCAUUCUGUAGAAAGCGAUGAAUUUUGAGUCUGUCUCUUGCAAUUCUUUGGCCGCGACAAAUAAUCUACAAUUAAUGUUCCUUUCUAUAUAUGGAUGAACCCACAAUCUUUUCCUACUUCGUUUUCUAUAAUGUUGAUAAUAUUGGAUAACAAUAUCACUAUCGUCACUGCUGUUAUCACUGGACAUUACAUACAAUAUAUAGGCACUUCACGGUUCCACAAGAUACUCGGGCUGUACUCACGAUGCAUUUUUUCCUCCCAGUCUCUGAUAUUUUAGUAGCGUCGUGUGAAGAUAACGGGCGACUAGAGUCACCCAGUCACACAGUUGCCUAGUCUCCAGGCUACCAGCGAUCGUUUUGUAGGCAACUUCAGUAUCCCCGUGU